CCGAACCAAAUUUAGGUGACGCGACGUGAUGUGAAAAGUUAUGCGGCGCUUCAUUUGUGCUUAAUUCAUCAUUUAGAAAGGCAUUAAACGGAGUUCCUUGUCUUGUUGGUGAUACAUUAUGCGGCAUAUUUACCAAUAAAAGUAAAGUUUAGUGUAACGUAAAGUGUUUUUGCCCUUAAAAAAGGGGCUGCCGUAUCAUAGGGCAUCUUUUGGAGCUAUUGUUCGGACAGGUUGUGCAGUGCGUGCGGGGGUGCGUAGUUACGCAUUAAACAUUUGCCAGUGCAAUGAUGAACAAUAAUGGGUUCAGUACGGGGGAGGAAGAUUCCCGCGGGCCGGCGGACCAGAUCUGCUGCCUGCUGGACGACGGCGAGCGUUGCCGGAAGCAGGCAGGCAACGCGUCCUACAGCAAGCGAAUUCAGAAGACGGUCACGCAACGAAGGCUAAAGCUGAGCAUCGACAGCCAUGCACGACAUAUCUACAUCUGUGACUUUCACAAGGCACGGAUACAGUGUGCCCGCACGAAGCGACGCCGCCGCGAUUCGGAGGACGACAGCAACGAGACGGACACCGAUCUGCCGGAGGUCGAUCUCUACCAGCUGCAGGUGAAUACGCUGCGAAGGUACAAACGCUUCUACAAAGUGUCCACGCGUCCGAGCAGCAACAAAGCGCAACUAUCGGAGGUAUGUGUCGGCGACCCAUACGGUCAACAUGUUCUAAUUAAACAAUCUUCUUACCUUUCCAUACGCGUGCAGACCAUCAUGAAACACUUCAAGACGAUUCCGAUCAAGGAGAAAGAAAUUCUCACCUACUUUAUCUACAUGGUCAAGUCCAACUCGAACAAGCUGGACCAGAAGAACAAUGCGAGCGCCGAGGCCACCUGAACGGUAGCGUCACCAUCAGCAACGUUGUCAUAAUUGUGCCGCUUUUAUCUUACAAACUCCUAGUUUUUAACGCUUGUGUCUCAUCAAAUAAGUGUAGUUUGUACUUCCUUUCCCCGGUGUAACGUUGGAGUCAUUCUGGCCCUUUCGGUUUAACGAAAUGUUUGGCCGUUGAAAGUAGCCCAGCGGACCGAGGGGACACAAGGAAUAAAGCAAGAAUAAAGCAUAAAUCACACCAGAUGUGACCUUAGUGCGAUUAGCAGAAUCGUUAGACUAUACUUUUGCAGGUGUCGCUACCGAUCGAUGACAAUGUUCAGUUUUUCAGUUCGUAGUUCGUUUCAGUUUUUUUAAAGAUUAGUUCAAUUUAGUUUAUUACAAGAGCAGCUUUUUUAAAAAUUCUAUUGUUACUAUGAUACAAUAAAAAAACACUGCUUGUUGGAAUCAA